GUAUAAAUGGCCAGUUAAUUUUAUAGUGGAAUAUAAGGAGCCAUGGCCCCUAAACGAAAUGGAAUGAUCUUAAAGCCCCACUUUCAUAAGGACUGGCAGAGACGAGUUCGUACCUGGUUCAACCAACCUGCAAGGAAGGUUCGCAGGAGGAGGGCCCGUCAAGCCAAAGCUCGUCUCGUUGCUCCUCGUCCAGUUGCAGGACCCCUGCGGCCUGUCGUCAGGUGUCCAACGUUCAGAUACCAUACAAAAAUCCGUGCCGGCAGAGGGUUUAGCCUGGAAGAACUGAGGGCUGCUGGAAUUAAUAAAAGAGUUGCAAAAACUAUUGGCAUUGCUGUUGAUCCCCGUCGACGAAACAAGUCUACAGAAUCCCUGCAAGGCAAUGUACAGAGAUUGAAAGAGUACCGUUCGAAACUCAUCCUCUUCCCAAGAAAGGCCUCCCUACCUAAGAAGGGCGACGGUUCUGCUGAAGAAAUUAAGAUGGCGACUCAGUUGGUUGGAUCAGUCAUGCCCAUCAGACAGGCAUUGAAGAAGGAGAAGGCUCGUGUUAUCUCCGAAGAUGAGAAGAACUUCAAGGCAUUUGCAAGUUUGCGAAUGGCUCGAGCGAAUGCCCGACUAUUUGGAAUCCGUGCCAAGAGGGCCAAAGAAGCAGCAGAGCAGGAGGGUGAAAAGAAAAAAUAGAUGCUUCUAUAGAAGUUUCAAUAAAGACAGAUUUUUGUUUGAAAAA